CGAGGUUGCAGACUUACACCACGAUUUGAGACGAUGAAAUUGUUUAAGAUCUAUUCCAUAUACAGAUCCUAUUAAAUACAGAUUGUGAAUGUGUGCUUUCGUGUCGCUGGGUAGCAUUUAAAUCCAUAUGCUGAAGUGAGACAGCGCACAGCGGCCAUGUCUCAGCAGCCUCAGCAGCGGGUGGUUCAGCUGUCAGCGGCGGCGCUCGCUGUGGUGCUGCGGAAGGACGACGGCGACUCUGCGUGCACCAGCAGCGGACACGAUGUGUUCAUGGAUUUUAAGUCUCAAAAUCUGCGCAGCUUCUGGAAUAAAAGGCUCGUGAAGGCGUUGUCCGAAGUUUACUUUCAGGGCUGGAUGGAAAAUUCUGUUCUGCUCAUUCAGGGGAGCGGCAGUAAUCUGGAGGUGCUGAGAGAAGCCUGGAUGCGCAGAGCUCUCAGGUCGCCCAAGGGAUUCAUUAUUAAAGCAGUGGGUGAUUUAUCCCCAGUACAAAUGUCACCUAUAUGUCAGUCGCAGUUCAUUCCACUGUCUGAGGUACUGUGCUCUGUUAUAUCUGACAUGAAUAUUGCUCGUGUCACGGUCAACCAGGAAACACUAAUUAAUUACAUGAUGAAAGCCCAUCCAGGUAUGGCCAUUCCCACACAAGAGAUCCUCUAUAAUGCUCUGGGAGCUCUCAUUAAAGAGAGAAAAAUCUACCACACUGGAGAGGGAUACUUCAUUGUUACACCUCAGACAUACUUUAUAACCAACAACAUGGUGAAGGAGAACUGGUGGACAGGUGAUAAUGGCCAUAUCUCUCCUCCUCCCAUCACGUACCUGAUGAGCAAUGAGAGCUGCGAGGAUGCUUCUACUGAAGUACCCAUUAUGGCUCACUGCAAGUCCUGUAGUUGCUUCACACCUCAGCAAACUGCUCCUCCUUCUGUCCAGGAGCAGUCUAUCACCUUAAGCGAAUGCACUGGGAAAAGCCUUAAGUGGUCCAGAGAACAUAAGCCAACUGUCCAACACCAGUCCACAUCUACGGCAGCAGACUACCAGGGGAGUGAAAUCAGCAAGUGUACAGCCACUAGCCGUAAGGACAAGGAUAAACCUGGACGUAAAUUUGGCCUCAACCUUUUUCGGCGGAACACGGGAAAGAAGGAGAACAAGAUAAAGAAGGAAUAUGCCACCUUCUCUGGACAGUUCCCACCAGAAGAAUGGCCAGUUAGGGAUGAGGAUGAUCUCAAUAACCUUCCCAGAGAUUUGGAGCAUGCUAUCAUUAAACGGAUCAACCCUGAGCUAACUGUUGAUAACCUUGUCCGCCAUACAGUCCUAAUGAAGAAAUUGGAAGAGAAGGCAGAGAGAGUGACAAAGGCCCUGACUACUGACAAAGGCAUGUCCACAGAGAUCCUGCUCCCUAAGCACAGGCACCAAUCAACUAAAGCUAGUGGCAGAAGAUUAGCCUCUAAGCCUAGUCGGAGCAAAAGAAGAGGUCCUUCUGUAAAAGAGAAACAGAGGACAAAGAGUAAGGAUGUUCCAUGUGAUGAGGAUUUACAGGGAGAAGAUCUCAUCCCAUCUCUCCUCAGGCCUGAAUUAGUCCAAGAGGAGCCUGCCCAUCACGAAGAAUGUGCAACUGUAGAUGCAAAAUUUGUCUAUAAGAAACGCAUAGAGGAUCCGUUUCAGUCGAUGCCAGGAUGUCAUACAGCCACCGAUCAUAAGGAACCAAGGAGGAGAGAAGCCAAGACUAGUCGACGAGAGCGAGCAGGCCACAGAUCAAAGUCCUGGGAUCCACAUUGUGUGAAAGGGAUCGCUGAAGAAGUGCAGAAACCCUCCAUGCUGUUGGACAGGUCAUGUGAACAGCUUCAUGACAGAGGGAUGAAUUUGGAUUCUAGCCUAGAUGCUAAAACAAUACAAGAACUUCCUGGAGGCUACAGCUCUUUUUACCCUGAGAACAGCACACUGAGGAUAGAAGAUAAGAUCAAACAGAAAGGCAGAGAGUUCAGCAAUGGGAAAGUGAAGCUGACAAAUCAGGUUUUACAAGAAAGAGAUUCAAAAGCCAUUUCUGAGUUACCCAUGUCAUGGCCCAAACCUAUAGUUCAGUGUAGAUUGUCUCUACAUCUGGUUAACAGUAAAGACGAAUCUGACCACUGUCCUGACCUUCUCUCCUCACAUCAGCAAACUGGCAGCAUGACAAGCAGUCAACACCUGGUGAACAGCGAGAGGGUACACAGAAACCCAGGUCAUGCAGACAGUGAGGUACACACUGAUGCAGAGCAGCACAUUUACCAGAAUAUUGAAGAUGAUGAGGAUGGAUGUAGCUCCCUUUGUCUGAAUGAGGAGCAUGUCAGUGAGUUGGUUCACCCUGGCACAUCUCGCUGUCGUGAGCCAGUCUGUUUCGAUGGGAACUGGGACAGCUCUUUCAUAGAAAAAAACAUAUUAACUCUUUGUCAAGACACCAGACGGGUCCCACAGAGACAGCAUGAAUACAGGUGGCCUCAAACUGAGCACAAGCCUGGUUUGUCCCACCUACCAGCAGAUUGCGUCCCUGGGGAAAAGCCGCACCACUUGGAUGAGAAAAUGAAUAAACCCAGCCCAGGACAUCCGGACCCCACUGACACUCUGGACAUCAGUAUCUUUGAUUACAGCCAAAUGAGUGAUAGAGGCUCAGACACUGAAACAGUACUGAAGUCUGCAGACGAUGAUGAUGACCAAGCCAGCCACUGGAUAUGUCACUCACAGGACUAUAACCAAAAUCAACCGGUGAAUGCUGAUAACAUUCAACCUGCAAGUCUAAAUCACUGUGAUCGUACUGGCGCCUGUCCGGGUGAAAUAACAGAGAAUCAGAGCAACACAGCAGACAGUGGGAUUGACUCUCCAAGGACACGCAUGAGUCUAAUCUCACCUAACUCUGUGAUACUGAAAGGGCUGAAACGUCGUACUUUCCUACAGAACAUUGAAAAGCUCCACUCCAAUACCAACGGUAUUCAUCCUCAAAGUUCCCUGCUCCAGCUCACACCUGUCAUGAAUGUGUGAACGGCUGGGUGUAGAUUCACACACUGUGCUCUGUGCUCACUAACUUACCUUUGUAUAAUUGUGCAUAUUUAAAGCUAUUACAUGUAAAUAUUUUUGUUGAUAUAAUAUCAGUGCAUGUGGUAUUUUGGGGUAAUUAGACUAUUGAGCUAGGGAUUUUAUAGAUUUUUUUUAUUAGCUAUUUUAGUACCUAGCUACUCUGUUUAUAAAGAGGGUGGCAUUAGUUAAAUUAACCCUUUACACUUUAAAUUAAAAAAAAUGAAAACAUUUGUAAAUUGUGAGAAAAAUAAAAUGUUUACUGAGCAAUGUCUGGGCUUCU